UGAUGUGAAUCAGUUUGUUGUUCGCGGCAGACAAGAGCACACGAAGGCAUCGCGAGACUCGGCAUUCCACAUUCGCACUUGACCCAGUAACGGUGACGUAGACAACGACGAAGACGAGUGUGAAGAGGGAGACUGUCAAGGAGAGGGACAUCCAGGAACUGUGACGCAGUAACCGAAGGUAGAAGGAAGGAGGAGUAGGAAAAGGAGACCGUGUAACUGUGACGUAGACAACAGUGAAGGCGAGAGCGAAGAGUGCGACUAGGAAGAAGGCGAGACAGAUAUAGUGAAGUGCAUUAGGCCCAGCUGUGCCGAGGUCUUCAUAAGAACGGACUGCCAAACGUGUCUGCAAGAUGAGUAAAAUGCCGGAGACGACAUUUGCCGACCUGAGCUUGGCCGAUAAGACACCAGUGAGUAAAUCGAGGAUUGAAGCUCGUCGAUUUUCCGAUGUAUCCACGUGUUCCUUUAGUUCAGCCUGCUUCACUGGCAGCUCCGAUGAGGACGAGAUCUCGCCGAAAGAUGCCAAGCAGAGUAACUCAAGCGGCAGCUCUGACUUCUGCGUCAAAAAUAUUGGCAAGGCAUCCUUCGGGCGCCGGGAGAUCGAGAUCGCUGAGCAGGAGAUGCCGGGUAUCAUGACAUUACGCAAACGUGCGGCCGAGGACAAGCCGCUGAAGAACGCAAAGAUUGUGGGUUGCACCCACGUCAAUGCCCAAACGGCGGUUCUCAUCGAGACUCUGAUUCAACUGGGUGCAUCUGUUCGCUGGGCAGCGUGCAACAUCUUCUCGACCCAAAAUGCCGUGGCAGCGGCAUUAGCGGAGGUCGGGGUGCCCAUCUUUGCGUGGCGCGGCGAGACUGAAGAGGAGUUCUGGUGGUGCCUGGACAAGUGCAUCCACAAAGAAGGCUGGCAGCCGAACAUGAUCCUCGACGAUGGCGGCGAUGCUACGCAUCUGAUGCUUAAGAAGUACCCGGACUAUUUCAAGUCCAUCAAGGGCAUUGUGGAGGAGAGCUUGACAGGUGUGCACAGGCUGUACCAGAUGUCGAAGGCGGGCAAGCUAACUGUGCCAGCGAUCAAUGUCAAUGACUCGGUAACGAAAAACAAGUUCGAUACGUACUACACAUGCCGCGACUCCAUACUGGACAGCUUGAAGCGUACGACGGACAUUAUGUUUGGCGGAAAGCAGAUUGUGGUCUGCGGCUACGGGGAUGUGGGCAAGGGCUGCGCCGAGGCCCUUCGGGGGCAGGGCUGUGUGGUAUACAUCACAGAGGUGGAUCCGAUAUGCGCACUGCAAGCGGCCAUGAACGGCUAUCGAGUGGUGCGCUUGGGCGAGGUCAUACGGACGGUAGAUGUGGUGAUAACCGCAACCGGCAACAAACAUGUUGUCACACGGGAUCACAUGAAUCGCAUGAAGAACGGGUGCAUCGUCUGCAACAUGGGCCAUUCGUGCUCCGAAAUAGACGUGAGCAGCCUGCACACGCCGGAGUUGACCUGGCAGCGAGUGCGCUCCCAGGUGGAUCACAUUAUUUGGCCUGACGGCAAGAUGAUCAUUCUCCUGGCCGAAGGACGUUUGGUAAAUCUGUCCUGCUCCACCAUCUCCUCCUUUGUCGUCUCGGUGGCGUCGUCCACACAGGCCUUAGCUCUGAUUGAGCUUUAUUCAGCGCCCGGACGAUACAAGUCGGAUGUCUACCUACUGCCAAAAAAAAUGGAUGAAUAUGUGGCUAGUCUGCAUUUGUCGACUUUUGAUGCCCAUCUGACGGAGUUAACCGACUCACAGGCGAAAUUCUUGGGCUUGAGCAAAGCAGGGCCCUUUAAGGCGAACUAUUACAGAUACUGAUCAAGUGGUUGACGCUCUGCUGGCGGUUGAAAUCUAAGUUUAUAUUACGUUUGCUGGAUGAACUGGAUUUAUGAUGACCUGGUGUUAUUAAUAAGCAACUUAGUCUAUUUAUGAGUUAAUAAAAGUUAUUAUUUGUUUGAUUUUA